AUGGAUAACAAGAAUGUUAGAGCGCUAGCUGUUGAUAAGCUUAGAAGGGCUGCUUCUAUUCCUAGGAGGAAUGUUUCUGGUGGUAGCAAUGAUAGUAAUUUAGAUGCUAGUAGGGAUAUUAGUAAAGAUACUAGUAAUGAUAGUAGAUUAGAUACUAGCAAUUUCGCUCCAAACUCACCCUAUUCACCCACUAUCUACGAACCAGUGUUGGAUAGUGUACAAUCCACAAACAGCGACGGUGAAGAUGACAAGCAAGGCGAUAACGAUAAAGCAGAAAAUCCAGAAACCUUAGAUAACUCACUCACUCUCCAACUCGUCAACCCUCACUCCCCUCAAAAGCCUACUAAGAAACAACUACUCACUCUCACUCAAUUACAAGAUCAAUUGCUAUCAAAACAUGGUAACUCCCUUUUAUCUAGAUCAAACAGUGCAACUGCAAGAGUAAACGCCUUCAACAAGCUCGUUAAUGGUGCUUUACUCAACAAUGAUGAAAAUUCUCGCUUACUGAGGAGUAACACCGUCACUGGUGCAAUUGGUGGUCGUGGUAGCAGAGAUGAUUCUAGACAAGCUGCAAGAGCUAACAUGCUUAAGCGUUUAGGUAGUCGUAGACAACCACCAACACAAACUACUCAAAAGAGGAGAAGUUCAUUGGGUGACCUUGACUUGAGCAACUUUGAUAACCUCCUCAACUCUUCUAAGCCUCCUCAAAUUCUCCCUUCAAACCUUCUUCUUGUUCCACCCACUCCAAAAAGGGAACGUAAGCAAAGCUUAGAGUCCACAAAUUCUAUAGGUUCACCUUCAUCUGCUGGAAAUGGUGAUAAAUUUGAGUAUGAGAGAAUGUUAAACACUUCAACACGUUUAUCACCCGCCAAUAGUGAUAUUGAGGAUAGUGAUGAUGAUAUCACUUAUGAGGAAGUUGAGGAGGUUGAUCAUGUUGAUAAAGUUGAUCAACUUGAUAUAAUUAACUCUGAAAUUUCAAACAAAGCAGCACAAAGACGUAGAAGACAGAUUCAUUUCACUUCUUCAGCAUAUAUAAAUGAACUGCGCAAGACUUUAGGUCCUGACAGGUUGGCUCAGUUACUCGGACCUCAAUUUGUUAAUGAAUUUGGAAUCGGAAUGGGUGAUAUGGAGGAGCAUAAGGAAGAGGAGGACCAAGGUGAUCGUUUUAAAGAGAUAGAGACAGACAAAGGAAACGGAAAGGAAAAUGAAGAAAAGCCAACUAACACCUCGGAUAUACAACCAAUGCAAUCAAUACAACCAACUAUAGAUGAAGAUAUACCCUUGACUGAACAAAUAAACGGUGCAUACAGUGCAACACGCAAAUCUUCAGAGUUAAAGCCACAACCACAAAUACAUUUGGCAGCACGCAACGCCGAUAAUGCAAAGUCACAGGCUAUGCUUACUAGAUCAAUGACAACACUACCAAAAUCAAAGUUGGCACAGUCAGAGAUGGGUAAGGGGAAGCAUAAAAAGGUAAAAUCACAGAGAUCAUUUGGAUCAUUCAGAAUAAUAAAAAACAAGCCAUCAAUACAAUCGAAUAAGGAGUUUUACGAUAGUGAUCCCAAGUUAUCGCCCUUUCCGGCGUUGAAAGUUACUGAUAGUGAAGGGAAGACGACUUCACUGCGUAACAGGAGUAUGUCGCCUGUUUCACCUGUGGGUGUUACAAACGCAGCCUUUAAUACAAACAAAGCACCUUCAACACCCUCAACACCGCCAACACCUUCAAACCCACCAAAGAAACUGGAGAGAAAAACUUCAAAGAUGGGAAGCAAGUUGAGGAGGUUGUUUAGCGUACGCAAGAGUGUAAAUAAGAGUGAAAAUGUUUGA